UUCAUUGACCACACACAAGCUUCAUUUACGCACCAGGCAGACCAAGAGAAAUUCUCUGAGAAGAAAAAGGAAAACCCUUGACAGGAAAAACAAGGUAGCCAGAGAAAUUCGAGGCUGGUUAUUGAUCCACCAAAUGGCUUCUUCUCUACCUUAUUUCAAUACUGUAACCAAUCCAAUAUCGCUCAAGCGCAAUUCUCAUAAAUCCCUGCAAGUCAAAGCUCAGAGCUUUAAAGAUGAAGGAAGAAGGGUUAGCAUUGUUGAUGCAAAUUUGAGUGUUCUAAGAGAGAGGAUAGAGGAAGUUGUGAUGAAGGAGAGAUUGGAGAGGUGUUGCAGAUGUGAAUAUGGCUGGAAUUAUGCAUCUGGGUAUGAUCAUAAACUGAAAAAACACAAGGAUUUGAAAGAGUUUUUUGAGCUUGCAGGAUUGAUUGGUGGCACUAUUGGCUUCACAUGUCUUGGUGGCACACUUUUCCUUUGCCUUGUUUCCGUCCUUGUUCAUCUCUUUCAAUGAUUUCUCCACUGUUAGGUGCCGACGUUUCUCUGUUGACGUACAAUGCACUAUAGUCUCUACCAACGAAAACUGAGAUGAUAAUAUAAAGCCAGACGAUUUUUUUGU